UAGUUCCACGAUUGUGUUCACGUGCGUAUUUCCUGUCCACACUUCCGGCUCAUCAUGGCGGCAUCCAUGGCUUGUCAGGCUGUUGCAAGAGGUCUGCGUGGAGCAAGUGCCAGUUGCUUGUUUCUUAAUAUAAACAAGUUGGCUCGAGUGAGCUCCCGGCGAUGGCUGAACUUGCAGGAGUACCAGAGCAAGAAGCUGAUGCAGGAGAGCGGAGUGACGGUGCAGCGCUUCUUCGUGGCCGACUCCGCGCCCGACGCCCUGGAGGCCGCCAAGAGGCUAAAUGCCAAGGAGAUUGUGCUGAAGGCACAGAUUCUGGCGGGCGGACGCGGGAAGGGCAUGUUCGACAGUGGCCUUAAGGGAGGAGUGCACUUAACCAAGGACCCAGCAGUGGUGGGAGAGCUGGCCAACAGGAUGCUCGGCUACAGCCUCACCACCAAACAGACCCCAAAGGAGGGAGUCAAAGUCAAGACGGUGAUGGUGGCCGAGGCCCUGGACAUCACCCGGGAGACGUACUUCGCCAUCCUCAUGGACCGCGCGUGCAACGGCCCGGUGAUGGUGGGCAGUCCGCAGGGCGGCAUGGACAUUGAGGAGGUGGCCGACAAAACCCCAGAGCUGAUUUUCAAGGAAGUCAUAGAUAUUUUUGAAGGGGUACGAGAUGACCAGGCACUGCGUAUGGCAGCUAAUUUGGGUUUCAAAGGACCUCUGGAGAGACAGGCAGCGGAUCAGAUUAAGAGGCUCUAUGAUCUGUUCCUGAAAGUCGACGCCACUCAGGUCGAAGUCAAUCCGCUGGGCGAGACUCCCGAAGGACAAGUGGUGUGCUUUGAUGCUAAAAUCAACUUCGACGACAAUGCCGAGUUCAGACAGAAGGCCAUCUUUGCCAUGGACGACAUGACUGAGAGCGACCCCACUGAGACGGAAGCCGCAAAGUAUGAUCUCAAGUACAUUGGAUUAGAUGGAAAUAUCGCUUGCUUUGUGAAUGGUGCUGGCCUUGCCAUGGCAACCUGUGACAUCAUUGACCUCCACGGAGGCAAACCUGCCAACUUCCUGGAUCUUGGGGGUGGCGUGCAGGAGAAUCAAGUGUACCAGGCGUUCAAGCUCCUCACUGCCGAUCCGAAGGUGGAGGCCAUACUGGUGAACAUCUUUGGGGGGAUCGUGAACUGUGCCAUCAUCGCCAAUGGCAUCACCAAGGCGUGCAAGGAGCUGGAGCUGAAGGUGCCUCUGGUCGUGCGUCUGGAAGGGACCAACGUUACGGAGGCGAAACGCAUCCUCUCAGAGAGUGGGCUGCCCAUUACCUCCGCUGAGAACCUGGACGACGCCGCUAAGAAGGCUGUGGCCAGCAUCAGAAAGUAGAGGUUCGAUCGCCAGCAUCCCGGACCAUCACACACACACACACACACACACACUCAAUAUCGUUUUAGUUUUGCAAAUUCAUCGGGUUAGCUCAGGUUGGUCUACACCACUUCACCUUGUGUCUUUGUUUUGAUUCAUAAAUAAUGUUUCGUUCACUAUUCAAUAUUUUGUUUACUCUGCCUGUUCAUGAUGUCUCUAACAGUGUUGCAGUAAGGUUCUCUUUGUGAAACGUGUGUCCAAAAUUCACUAAUGAAGGGUGAAAAUCGGUGUGCAGUUUUUUGGAAUAAUUUGGUGCAUUUUAUUUCCGUGGGAAAGCUCAAACUAUUUUGAAUUUGAGUAUGACAAGGUGAUAAAAAAAAAAUUCACCUUGUUAUCAAGAGUGGAGGUAGAAAUAUCAGUGUUGAAGGCGUCCUGUGUUAAGCUAUAAUUGCCACUGUGAUUCAUUCUCUUAGCAACCCAUGAUACCUUAAACAUGCCGUCCCAUAUGAAAUCUGUUCUAGUGACUCAAAGAAUAACUCAUUGCCUUGUUUCUUACACAUGUUUUUGUUUGUAUUUUUUGGUAUUGUUUUGUUAAGCCUUAAUGGGAAGUGUAUGGGAGGUGAUUGUUGUCUGGUGAUUGGGUGAUCUGGUGCUGAUGUCAUCGUGCUGUUCUAUAAAGUGCGAAUCACAAAUACCUGGAACAUGUGAAGACUUUGCCAACUCCAACUCCAUUGUGGGGUUUUUUUUGCCAACCUGAGAGAUACUGUUUGUAAGCUCGAAGCUGGAUGUAAAAGCCAUGCCGGAUUGUGGGUGGGCUCCAGAACUGUGUGUUUGAAAACCAUACGUUACCAGGCCUCAGAAGCUGAACUCAAACCAGCUAUCAGCUGAAAAGAGAAACGCCGUCCUGACCUGAUGACCUAAAAUCAUGUCAAUUGCUCAUUUCUUUGUUUCGCUUCUGAUUUAUAUAUAUAUAAAAAGAAAAAAAAAAUCUGGUGGUUGCAGACACAAAUAUUUUUGUAAAACCUUGUGUAAUUACAGUAUAAGUGUUACUUUUUGACACAGAAGUGCACUAAUUUGUGAACAGAUGCUUUUUACUGUGCCUACAUUGAGAUAGAAGCCUUUGAAACAUCGAAUUGAAAAAUCAUUCCUCGAGGCCAUUUGUGUUUAUCUAUGUCUAAGUAACCAGUAUAUUAUUGUAAUUAUCUUUUUUUUUUGUAAUCAUGAAUGUAUUUUAAGAAGCAAUAUAUAUGUCUACUUGUGUCUACAAAUGGAUCGUCUUAAAAGAGUUCAAAUAAAUGCAAAUAUUAGCAGAAUAAA